CUUAGUUUACGUAUUAAUGCAACAAGAAAUUUAAGGAUUUCUCCUUGUUCCUAAGGAUUCUGAUUUCACAAUUAAAAAUAUACCUUUUGGAGUAGCUUCUAAAGUAAAUGGAAAUCCUUUUGCUGCAACAAUAAUAGGUAAUUGAAUUUGAUAGAUGAAAUUAGGGGAUUCUGUAAUUAAUUUAUCUAAAUUGGAAGAGUUGGGAUAUUUUAAGGGACCAUUGUUAUCAACUUUGGGAUCUAGAGUAUUUGAUGAAGGAAACUUAAAUAAAUUUGUAUCUCUAUCUAGACCACAUUGGAAGGAAGUAAGAUCUGAGAUCCAAUCUUUAUUUUAAUGUGGUAGUCAAUUAGAAAAUAAUUAAGAAGUUUUGAGCUAGAUAAUAACACCAGUUAAAGAUAGUAUAAUAAGAUUAUAAUGUAUGUAGUAAAAAAUCAUAUGCCAAUAACAAUAGGAGAAUAUACAGAUUUUUAUUCUUCAAAGAAUCAUGCUUUUAAUAUGGGAUCAAUAAUAAGAGGACCAGAUAAUGCAAUGCAACCAAAUUGGUAUUAUUUACCAGUUGGAUAUCAUGGAAGACGAUCAUCAAUAGUUAUUGAUGGUACUGAUAUUAGAAGACCUUGGGGAUAAGUAAAAGCUCCAACAGCAGAAAAACCAUCAUUUACAAAAUGCAAGAGAUUAGAUUAUGAAUUAGAAAUUGGAGCUGUAAUAGGUGGAACUUCAAAUAAUUUGGGUGAACCCAUAAAAGUGAAUUAAGCUGAAGAUAGAGUUUUUGGAUUUGUUAUUUUAAAUGAUUGGUCAGCCAGAGAUGUUUAAGUUUGGGAAUAUGUUCCUUUAGGUCCUUUUGGUGCUAAAAACUUUGCUUCUACUAUUUCACCUUGGAUUGUCACUGUAGAAGCUUUAGAACCAUUCCGUAUUUAAUUACCAGAAUAAGAUCCAGAACCUUUUAUUUAUUUAAAAGAAAAGAAGUAAUUAUAUAUUCAUUAUUUACUAUAGUCAUACUUCUUUCGAUAUUAAAUUAGAAGUGUUUAUUGGAACAGAAAAGAGUCCUGAAUUAGAACAUUUUACUACCAGCAAUUUUAAAUAUAUGUAUUGGAGUGUUAAUUAAUAAAUUGCACAUCAUUCAAUUACUGGAUGUAAUAUUCAACCUGGAGAUCUUUUUGGAUCAGGAACGAUCUCUGGAACUACUAAAGAUGGAAGAGGAUGUUUAAUGGAAUAUACAUGGAAUGGAAAAGAACCAUUAGUAUUAAAGUCAGGAGAAUAGAGAUUGUUUCUAGAAGACGGAGAUGUCCUUGAAAUGAGAGGAUAUGCAGGAGAUGGAGAGUAUUUAAUCUUUAUUAUCUUAGAAAUCGUGUUGGCUUUGGUAGAUGUAAUGGAAAAAUUUUACCUGCUUUAGAUGAAUAAUAUUUCUAAUCAUGAAAGUUAAUUAUUAUCAAUAUUAAAAUUU